GAGCUCGGGCGUAGCUGCGGCAUGCUGCCGCCUGUCUCAAUGCCGUCCCGCCACGGCUUUAUUUCCCUACACCCCCCGCACCGUCGAGUGAUGGUCGCGGCCUGAAGCUGCGCUCUCUUCCGCCAAUCGGCGGGCGCGGCGGCUGCGCUCGAAUCUGCGCGCGGAGCGCCGUGAGGGGAGCGGGGCCGGCCCGGGAGCGCCGCCGGAGCAGCGGGACCGAUCCGCAGCCAUGAGGGGACCGGGACCCACCCAGGACUGUCGCGGGGGAGCCUACGACAUCAUCACGACCCCCAGCCGCCUCCCCCCCUGGGGAGGGCCGCCGCUCCGCUCGGUGUCCCUCAGCAGCAUACCCGCGGGGACUCUCACCCCGCUGAAGCAGCUCCUGUGGGGUCAGGGCAGCGUCGUAGCCGGGGACAGCCACGCGUCGGGCCCGCAGCUCGCGGGGCCGGAGCGCCGGGCUGGCCCCGACGCCCGGCCUGGGCCUGGCCUCGACACCCGGCCCGGCACCGUCGGUGAGCAGUGGCCAAAGCAGCGGGAUGGCCCCGGCACCCGGCCCAGCACCGUCGGUAAGCAGUGGCCGAACCAGCGGGAUGGCCACGGCACCCGGCCCAGCACCGUCGCUGAGCAGUGGCCGAACCACCAGAAUGGCUCCGACCCCCGGCCCGGGCCUGUCCCCGACACUCGGCCCGGAACUGUCGGUGAUCAGUGGCCGAACCAGCGGGAUGGCCCCGGCACCCGGCCCGGCACCGUCGCUGAGCAGUGGCCAAAGCAGCGGGAUGGCCCCGACACCCGGCCCGGAACUGUCGGUGAUCAGUGGCCGAACCAGCGGGAUGGCCCCGGCACCCGGCCCGGCACCGUCGGUGAGCAGUGGCCAAAGCAGCGGGAUGGCCCCGGCACCCGGCCCAGCACCGUCGGUAAGCAGUGGCCGAACCAGCGGGAUGGCCACGGCACCCGGCCCAGCACCGUCGCUGAGCAGUGGCCGAACCACCAGAAUGGCUCCGACCCCCGGCCCGGGCCUGUCCCCGACACUCGGCCCGGAACUGUCGGUGAUCAGUGGCCGAACCAGCGGGAUGGCCCCGGCACUCGGCCCGGCACCGUCGCUGAGCAGUGGCCAAAGCAGCGGGAUGGCCCCGGCACCCGGCCCGGCCCCGUCGCUGAGCAGUGGCCGAACCAGCGGGAUGGCCCCGGCACCCGGCCCGGCCCCGUCGCCGAGCGGCGGCCGAACCACCAGAAUGGCUCCGACACCCGGCCCGGGCCUGUCCCCGACACUCGGCCCAGAACCGUCGGUGAUCAGUGGCCGAACCAGCGGGAUGGCUCCGACACCCGGCCCGGGCCUGUCCCUGAUAGCCGGCCCGGUACCGUCGCUGAGCAGUGGCCGAACCACCAGAAUGGCUCCGACCCCCGGGCUGGGCCUGUCCCCGACACCCGGCCCGGCCCCGUCGCCGAGCGGCGGCCCAAGCGCCCCGCUCCGGAGCCGCCCGGGCAGGAGUCGCCGGCCAAGAUCUUCCAGCGGAUGAAGGCGCGGGCGGAGCAGCAGCGCAGGGCCGCCACCGACCUGAUCCUGAGCCCCGGGGCCGGGCAGCGCUGGCCCGGCACGGCCCAGGCGGCGGCGGGGAGCAGCGCCCAGCCGGGACGAGAGUCAGCUUGGCCUCAGGUUCCUGGGAUCGAACCCCUGGCAGUGCUCCCUGCAGAGCCUCCCGUGCUGGAAACCCCCCAGAAGUUCUUCCUGCGGGUGAAGUGGCAACUGCAGCAGCAGCACAAAGCUACACCACCUUCAACCCCAACCCAGCAGAAUAUUCUUCCCUCCAUAACUACAGAGCAGCCUUUAGUCAAACAUGCUGGUGCUGAGCAGCCAGGGAAUGAGCCUGCAGAGGAUGUGGACUCCGAUAAGGAUGAUGUGGAUGUUUUCCUCGUGGAAUCUAUAGAAGUAGAUGCUGAUGGAGAAAUGUCUCAGAAUACAGUGACCAGUCCUGUGCAAGUAAACUCCACCCCGUGGGAAAAUGGGGAUCAGGUAAAAGGAAGGUGUGGAAAUGGAGAAGCAAAAUGUACAGAGCUUCAUGAAGACAGAAGAGAGUUGCAGCCCAGUAAAAAACCAGCAGCUCCAGCAGUGGAAGAGGCACCAGUGACUAAUCCUGAAAAGCCCUCUCAGUACUUCUGUAGCAUCAUGCUUUCCUCUCCAGUCCACAUUCCAAGGAGGCAGAACCUGACAAAAGACCCCAAGGUCCCUUUGGAUAAACCUCCUUCUGAUCAACCUGCUGGCAAAGCACACAAAGAGAAGAACAUCUGCCUGAGCAGCUGGAGGAUUAAGGUGCUGACUGGAAACACGGCAAUCUGUGUGGAAGGGAAAAGGAAGGACAUGAAGCAGCUGCUCUGGCACAGCAGUGCCAUCACAGAGCGCGUCACACACAACCAGGUGAAAACCUCCUCGGGCGGUGUCUACCUGCUGCAGGGCAAAAUAGACUCAGCUGCCAUGAGGAAGGAAGGGUUCCCCUACCGCUUCAUCAAGCAAUUCACGUUCGGUUUCUCCAGAAGGUGGAAGGAGUACGUGGAGGAGUUUCUUGAGGAAAGGAGGAGGAAGGAACGAAAUCAAGGCAGUGGUGUGGAAGAAAAUGAAGAGAAUGACUCAGUGGGGGGAGCUGAUGUGUUGGAAACCACAGAGGGCUCAGUGAACGAUGCAAAGAAACCUGCAGUGAGGAACUCCACCUAUGAAGUAUCGCCAGGGGAUCAUGAGAACAUCUUCAUAACACCAAAGCGCAGCUCCAGGAAUGACUCGAGCAGGGUCUACACUCGCAGCGGGCGCCUCAUCAAACCCCCCCUGAACUUCUGGUGUGGGCAGAGGGAGUUUGUGGAUCAGAACCUGAACGUCACCAUAGAAAAUGGGGGAGUGGAUUAUCUGAGCCUGAUGUUUAGUAGUGAAAAACCCAAAAGAAAGGCCAGUUCCAUCUCCAAGGAUAAACCAAAGGAAGACAUGAAGACAACAGAGGAAAUGCCAAAAAGCCAAAGUAAAGGGAAGAGCAGGGAGAGAGGAGCCACUGCCGCACGAGACUCCUCAUCUGCCGGCAGCAGGAGGGGCCGGCGCUUCCUUUCGGACGAGGAUGAAAGUGAUCCUGGAAUCAGGGGCGCAAAAACGAGAUCCCAGCUCCCUGCCAGGGGGACUUCCUUAAACACCAAAGUGCUGAACAAACACAGCAGCAGAACCCCAGGGACAGCAAAGGAGAGAGCAGCAGGCUCUGGAGGACUGAGCAUGUACGAGCAGGGCUACAGGAACUCCCUGAGGUCAGCCAAGCGGCCUCUCCCGGGAAAAGAGAGGGUUCUCCUCACCCAGGAGCCCUCAGACAAGGAUGAGGGGGAGCAGUCCAGUGAGGAGACCCCACUGCUGAUCAAGAGGAAAAAGAAAUCUAUAUUAAAACCAGAGUCUCAAAACUGGAAGCCUUGCUCUGGCUCUAAAAGUUGCCAGGGUGAUGCAAACAAGUCCUGUGGCCAAAGGGCAGGAAAGCCCUCCCGGGAUGUGCUGCUGAGGCUGAGCGGGCCCGAGUCCAGUGACGAGUCUGAGCUCCCUCCUGCAGGGAAAACAUCUUCUGCUGAGUCCAGUCCCCGUCUGCCUGCUCAGGCCACGAGGGCACACAGCAGAACCAACCCUCGCAGGUGCUGGCUCGAUUCCGACACCGAGCCCAAGGCUGGGAAAGAGGAAUUUCACAGGAAGGACAGGAAUGCCAGAGUAUCCCGGAUAAAAACAAGCGAUGGAGGCUCCAGCGGUGCCAAGGCUUCAGCAGAGAAACUGAGAGAGCGUGAGAGGGCAAAGGGAAAGGAAGCUCUGGAACUUUUUCCAAGGGCAGCUGAUGGUUGGUCUGAGAAGGAAUUACAGAAGCUUCACAGGGCCAUUGUAUCGUUCCCGAAGCACAGGAGCGGCUUUUGGCAGGAGGUGGCCAUGGCUGUGGGGUCCCGCUCGGCUGAGGAAUGCCAGGGGAAGUACCUGGAGGAGCAGCAGGGGAAAGGCUCCAAACAGCAGCCCAGGAAAGCCACAUCAGGAAAAUCUGAGCAGAAAGAUAAGAAGGAGGCAGUGAUCACUGCCAAGGUGGGCACCCUCAAACGGAAGCAGCAGAUGAGGGAGUUCUUGGAGCAGCUGCCCAAGGACAACCACGAUGACGUCUUCACCACAACACCCUUCCAGAGCAGGAGGGUCCAGCUGCCAGCGCUCCAAGGGAGCUGGGAUGAGGAUGCCGAGGAUUUCAGCCUUCCAGAGUUCCCGCUCACCCCCGCCUCAGGCCUCUUUCCCCCCGUGAAAACCCCGCAGUGUGACCACAUCAGCCCGGGAAUGCUGGUCCCCAUCAACAGGAAUGCCUACGACCGGCACGUGUUCCGCAUGCAGAAGAACACGCAGGGCAGCAGAGGCACCUGGGACAAGGUCAAGAAGAAGUCGGCUGGAGCUGCGUUCGGGACGCCGGCUUCCCGCAGAAUAAAGAGAGUGAUCCCAGCCCCGGUGCUGGGGAAGCUCUUCACAGCUGAGACUCCAGACUCGUCCAACGAGGAGCAGGAGGAUUCCUACUUUUCCAUGUGAUGGACUUUGUGGCUGUGUUGUUCAGCACUUACUUGCCCCUCGGGGAGGGAAUGCUGGAAUGAUGAGCUCAGUUCCGGAAAGCCGCCCCACGCUGGUUUUAUGUGUUUUAACCCCGUUCCCCCCUGCCAGCAGUGCUUGGCUGUCCCACGUGUCAGAGUGGCACCUCCUUGUCCAGGCACCUCUCCUCCGUGUCCUGUUCCUCCUGGGAAGGAGAAAUGUGCAUGGACACCAAUCACUGCCAAGUUUUCAUUCAUUUUAAGCUAAAAUCUCUUUUGGGACGUGGCUGUAAAAUAAAUUCAGGUGCGGUCUGGAAGGAA